CCAAUAAUGAAAAGCCACGUGCCUGGUCAGUGACGGCGCCAAAACACCUCCGAGGAUGUCUACCUGACACGUGCCAGACUGUCAAACGUCUCAUUACCUCGGAAUAGUGUCCAUCAUUGUCACACUGUACCAACUUUGCCCCCUCCUGUGUUUUUCUCAUUAACCCUUAUCUUCCCUCUACUUCUUAAAAAACCAUGAGGUUCAUAUCGUCAACUUCAUUUCAAAUCUCACAGCAAAAACACAAAAAAAAAAAAAAAAAAAAAUUGUCAUUUCCUACACUGUCUCCUCACUCACUCCCACCCAUCAAUCUUUUUGGAGGGGUUUUCAAAAAGCUUCCUCAUUUCUGGCCAGAAAGAAAGGAAAAAAAGGAAGCUUUCAAGAGAGUGACAAAAAAUUUAAAGGGUUGUUCUUUAUUCCAUUCAUUCCUCUCUUCUUUGCAUACAAUGGCCAUCAAGAAACCUCUCCCUUGCCUCUUGAACCCUGUCAUCAUUUUCAUUUUCCUUGUUUUGCUGCCAUUUAUUCAAUCCUCUAGUUCAAGUUUUAUGUAUCCAACAAACAUGGUAGGAAGCGAGUCUACAGCAACAGACAUUGAGGUUGCGAGAUUUGGGAAAGAAGCUGCUUCUGGUGGCAGAGUAGAAGAGUCAGAGAGAGAAGUUCCAACGGGACCUGACCCUCUUCAUCACAACAACCACCCUAUAGGCCAUUGAGUUAAUUUUAAAAAACUCUAUAAAGUUGAUGUUUGUGUAGGUUCAUGCUUUAAUGGAGGACCCUCAUUAAUAUUCCACUAUUUUGUUUAUUUUUCUACAUCAUAAUCCCCUGCUACAGCAUAUAUAUUUCCAUUAAUGGUUCAGUAUGUCAUAUCAUGUAUUCAGUGCUAACGGUUUCAUAAUUCACUGGCUAUAUCUUCUGCAAUCGUGCUUACUUUUGUAUAUAAUCUGAAACGAUUAUAU